UCCCAGUCCUAGUCCUGUCUCGAUCCCGCUCCUUGCCCGGCCUCCAUCCCGGUCCCGGCCGUCCCAGUGGCCGUCAUGGCGGAGCAGGAGAGUUUGGAGUUCGGCAAAGCCGACUUCGUGCUGAUGGACGCCGUCACCAUGCCCGAGUUCAUGGCGAACCUCCGGCUGCGGUUCGAGAAGGGCCGGAUUUACACCUUCAUCGGGGAGGUGGUUGUUUCCAUGAAUCCUUACAAGAACCUCAACAUCUACGGGCGGGACAUGAUCGAGCAGUACAAGGGCAGGGAGCUCUAUGAGAGGCCUCCCCACCUGUUCGCUAUCGCCGAUGCUGCUUACAAAGCCAUGAAGAGACGAUCCAAAGACACCUGCAUUGUCAUCUCCGGUGAAAGCGGGGCUGGGAAAACUGAGGCCAGUAAAUACAUAAUGCAGUACAUAGCAGCCAUCACCAACCCCGGGCAGAGGGCUGAGGUGGAGAGAGUGAAGAACAUCCUGCUGAAAUCCAACUGUGUGUUGGAGGCCUUUGGCAAUGCCAAAACAAACCGCAACGACAAUUCCAGCCGCUUCGGAAAGUACAUGGACAUCAACUUUGAUUUCAAGGGAGACCCCAUAGGUGGGCACAUCAAUAAUUACCUGCUAGAAAAGUCCCGUGUGAUUGUGCAGCAGCCUGGGGAACGAAGCUUCCACUCCUUCUACCAGCUCCUGCAAGGAGGCUCUGAGCAGCUCCUGCGUUCUCUGCACCUCCAGAAGGAUGCAUCAGCCUACAGCUACAUCUGCCCUGGGGCACAGCUCAAGUGUUCCAUCAAUGAUGGGGCGGAGUUCAAGGCAGUUGCUGAUGCCAUGAAGGUGAUUGGCUUCAAGCAGGAGGAGAUCCAGACUGUCUACAAAAUCGUGGCAGCCAUUCUGCACCUGGGGAACCUGAAGUUCUAUGUGGAUGGAGACACUCCCAUCAUCGAGAACAGCAAGGUGGUGUCGGUCAUAGCUGACCUCCUGUCCACCAAGGCCGAGCUGGUGGAGAAGGCUCUGCUGUUCCGGACAGUGGCCACGGGCAGGGACGUCAUCGACAAACAGCACACGGAGCAGGAGGCCACCUAUGGCAGAGACGCCUUUGCAAAGGCCAUUUACGAGCGUCUCUUCUGCUGGAUUGUGACACACAUCAACGAUGUCAUCGAGGUGAAGAACUACGACACCACAGUGCAUGGCAAGAACACAGUCAUUGGGGUCCUGGAUAUCUAUGGCUUCGAGAUAUUUGACAAUAACAGUUUUGAACAAUUCUGCAUUAAUUACUGCAAUGAGAAGCUGCAGCAGCUCUUCAUUCAGCUGGUUCUGAAGCAGGAGCAGGAGGAGUACCAGCGAGAGGGAAUUCCCUGGAAGCAUAUUGAUUACUUCAACAACCAGGUUAUUGUGGACCUGGUGGAGCAGCAGCACAAAGGGAUCAUUGCCAUUCUGGAUGAUGCCUGCAUGAAUGUGGGGAAAGUCACAGAUGAGAUGUUCCUUGAUGCCCUCAACAACAAACUGGGGAAGCACGCACACUUCUCCAGCAGGAAGCUUUGUGCCACAGACAAAACGCUGGAGUUCGACAGAGACUUCCGGAUCAAGCACUAUGCUGGAGAUGUGAUUUACUCAGUCACUGGAUUUAUUGACAAAAACAAGGACACUUUAUUUCAAGACUUCAAACGCCUCAUGUACAACAGCUCCAACCCUGUGUUGAAGAUGAUGUGGCCUGAAGGGAAACUGAGCAUCACUGAGGUCACCAAGAGACCUCUGACAGCAGCUACUCUGUUCAAGAACUCCAUGAUUGCACUGGUGGACAACCUGACACUGAAGGAGCCCUACUACGUGCGCUGCAUCAAGCCCAACGACAAGAAGUCACCGCAGGUGUUCGAUGAGGAGCGGUGCCGGCACCAGGUCGAGUACCUGGGGCUGCUGGAGAACGUGCGCGUGCGCCGCGCCGGCUUCGCCUACCGCCAGACCUACGAGAAAUUCCUGCACAGGUACAAGAUGAUCUCUGAAUUCACUUGGCCCAACCAUGACCUGCCCUCAGACAAGGAUGCUGUGAGGAAGCUCAUCGAGUGCCACGGCUUCCAGCACGACGUGGCCUACGGCAAGACCAAGCUGUUCAUCCGCACGCCCCGGACUCUGUUCACCCUGGAGGAGCUGCAUGCCAAGAUGCUCGUCAGGAUCGUCCUCUUCCUGCAGAAGGUGUGGAGGGGCACCCUGGCCCGGCUGCGCUACCGGCGGACGCGGGCGGCUCUGACCAUCGUGCGGCACUACCGGCGCCACAAGGUGCGCGCGUACCUGCGCGAGGUCGUGCGGCGCUUCCGCGACGUGCGGCUGCUGCCCGACCGCGGCCGCAGCAUCCCCUGGCCCGCCCCGCCCAAGGUGCUGCACCGCUUCGAGGAGGCUCUGCAGGACAUCUACCACAGGUGGAGAGCGGCCGAGCUGAUCCGGAGCGUGCCCCCAGAAGUUCUGCCUCAGCUGAGGGCCAAGGUCGCUGCCAUGGAGCUGCUGAAGGGCCACAGGGCUGACAUUGGCCUCCAGAGAGCCUGGCUGGGCAACUACAUUGCACUGAAACCAGACAGCCCCCAGAGCUCGGGCUCCUUCACCCCUGUUGCCAACGAGCUCAAGCGCAAGGACAAGUACAUGAAGAUCCUUUUCUCCUGCCACGUGCGCAAGGUGAAUCGCUUUAACAAGGUGGAGGACAGGGCCAUUUUCAUCACUGACAGACACCUGUACAAGAUGGACCCCAUGAAGCAGUACAAGGUGAUGAAGACCAUCCCCCUCUAUAAUCUGGUGGGGCUGAGUGUCUCCAAUGGGAAGGACCAGCUCGUGGUGUUUCACACCAAGGACAACAAGGAUCUCAUUGUUUGUCUCUUCAGUAACGACCCCUCCAACGACAGCAGGAUCGGGGAGCUCGUGGGAGUCCUGGCCAGUCACUUCAAGAGGGAGAAGCGCUCUCUGCACGUCACUGUCACCAACCCGGUGCAGUGCAGCCUGCACGGCAGGAAAUGCACCGUGUCCGUGGAGACCAAGAUCAACCAAUCCCAACCGGAUUUCACCAAGCACCGCUCCGGCUUCGUCCUCUGCGUGCCGGGCAAUUAACGGCCCCUCCCCUCGGACCGGGCUGGGCUCACCCUCCCCACCUGGGACUCGCCGGGAUUCGUCGGGAGAUGCUCGGCAGCGACCCGCCAGGUGCCUAAAGCAGCCUCUGAAGCUCAAGGUUUAGAAAACCCAAAUACUGGGGGUUUAGAAAAGCCAAAUUCACACGGAAUGAAGGCUUAAAAUAGCCAGUGACCUGUUCUCCAUCUUACAAACCAGGCUGGAAUAUCAGGAAAGUGCUUCCUUUGGAAUUAGUC